AAAAAUUUAUGGGUCGAGGCUCUGAAAUAAUCGCAUCCUAAAACGGCCCAAAGGCUCUAUUUUGGAUUUGGUUCGAUAAUUUUUUCGGCCCAGUUGAGCAAAACAUGCGAGAGAAGCGAACAGACGAGGAGGGAGCAAAGUUGGAUGAGUUUUGGUGGGUGAAAAAAUGUGAAAUAGGAUGUUGAAUGGCGAAGAGAAGGAUCCCAUCGUGGAAAUUGCUGCUCAGCAUCGAGUGACACUGUUCUAUUCGCAUGUGAAGAUCUGUCUGCUGCAGCUAUUUAAUCGAAGUUUCAUCCAUGGCAUCUGAUCAUAAAGGUUAUACUUAUUUUCAAGCCCGGAAAAGCUGUCGUCCUUAUGGGUCCAAGUGGUGCAGGAAAGUCAACCAUAGGUGAGAUGCUCGGGAAAGCAAUGAAUGGUCACUUUCUUGAUGCAGACGACUAUCACUCGCCUUCCAACAAAGAAAAGAUGCAGAACGGGAUCCCUUUGACAGAUGAAGAUCGCGUUCCCUGGCUUGAGACACUGCGGGAUGCCCUCAGAGCCAGCUUAACGAAGGGGCAACUAGCGGUUCUUGCUUGCUCUGCACUGCAAAAAUGCUACAGAGAAAUCCUCAGAUCUGCUGACCCGAGAUACGAACAAGGUUCCCGUGCCUGUUCAGUGAAGUUCGUUCUGCUAGAUGUAACCGCUGAUGUUCUUGCCGAACGCCUUAACAGACGAGCAGCAGAAGGGAAACAUUUCAUGCCUGCAAAGCUCUUGCAAUCUCAGCUGGAUUUGCUUCAGAUUGAUGAAUCAGAAGGCAUAUUUAAGAUCGACGCGACUCUUGAUCCCCGGGAUAUUGUCAGCAAGAUACAAGCUUUCGUAAUCUGAUCAAAUCUAGUGGCUUUUCUAUAUCAGUGAUUGAUUCAGUUCUUAAGAGACACCAUUGUAGUCUUCUUAGAAAUUAUCAAAUAUUAUAUGCAGAAUGUAUACCCUUUCUUGUCAGCAAGAUGCUGCUGUAAUCUGACAGUUAAACAUAGAGACACAACAUCUAAUGUAAGACUGAUCUAUCUCUGCUGUUUUUCAAGCAAAAUCAAGAUUCUUUUUA